GUUCCUCUUUGUUUACACAUUAAGAAAAAAUGAGAAGUUGCAGAGACUGUGGUUUGUUUUUUUUGUACAUAUUCAUUUUGUUUCCUUUCUAUAUUUAUACUAAGUUCGGGUUGUUUUUAUUUAUUAUUAUUAUUAUUGCAUGUUUGUGUUUGGUUUGGGUUUUAUGGUCUUGACAGUCUGCGGCGAUUUUUUAUUGAGCAUAUUAGAUACAUCUGCCUUCCAGUAACAUGCUCGGCUAACGCCAAAUCUUAUUUCCAGUCUGCUUACUCCACUCUUUCUUCGCCAUGUGAGAUACCCAGUAUGACACUUUAUUAUUGAGGAAGACUGGUUCAUGCCUGAUCAUGCACUGCUAGAAUUGAAAUGAAAUGAGACUUCUUCCUUAGCAUUAGCAUGCAACCAAGAGGCAGAGGCAAGUAGAAAGACCUACUCAAUUUUAUUACAACAACUAAAUUAGGAUGCCUUCUUAGGAACACCAUACUUACACCAUGCUGCAGGGUUGCCCUCAAUUCUUUGUGACCUUGCUUCCACAAGGUGUUGGAAAACACUGCAUCGAGAUUUUCGUUCAUGUUGUUGAUCACAUAAUUGCUGCAGAUUUGUCAGCUGCAACGUUCAUGCUGCAGAUGCUCCUGUUCUAUCCCAUCCCAAAGGCACUCUAUUGGCUUCUGACACUGCACUCAUGAUCAUGUUCGACGACUUUCUGGAUGAUAAAAUUGAUCAAUUGUGGCCAUAAAUGGAUACACAUGGUCUGCAACAAUACUCCAAUAGGCUGUGGCAUUCAAACCAUGCUUGAUUGGUAUUAAGGGGCCCAUUGUGUGGCACAAGAAAACCUGUUGGCACAAGACAAGUUGGGUCUAUGGAUUCAUGCUGUUGAUGCCAAAUGUCCCUACCAUCUGCAUGCUGCAGAAGAAAUUAAGAUUAAUCAGACCAGGUGACAUUUUUUCGACCUUCAGCUGUCUAGUUUGAGUGAGUCUACUGUAGCUGCUGACAGGAGUAUAAUCUGUUGUGAUCUUCUGCUUAUGCUGUAGCCGGUUCACUUCAAGGUUAGCGGUGAUGUGUGUUCCGAGAUGCUUUUUUGCAAAACAUGAUUGUAAAGAGUAAUUAUUUGAGUUAACCUAGCCUUCCUGUCAGUUCGCACAAAUCUGGCCAUUCUCCUCUGAUCUCUCUCAUCAUUAAGGCAUUUCCACCAGCAGAACUGCUGCUCACUGUAUGUUUGUUUUUCACUGCAUGCCACAGUCACAGUGUAUGACUAGGCCAGGUAAGCGUUGGGAAGCAGCAGGGUGUUGAGUAAUCUGACUGCCUCAGGGAAGAAACUGUUGCAGAGUCUGCUGGUGGUGGCACGGAUGCUCCUGUAUCUUCUGGUAGCUGGCAGGAGGAUGAAGAGUCCUUGAGAGGGGUGAAUGGGGUCGUCCACAGUACUGGUGGCUUUGUGGAUGCGGAGGUUGUCGUAUGAGGUGUCUGGUGGUGCCAAUCUUUUCAGCCGUCCUUACAAUUCACUGCAGAGUCUUGCAGUUGGAGUCUGUUCAGUUCCCAUACCACAGGCUGAUUCUGUUGAAGUGCAAAAUUCAGAUGGAGGGCAGGAAGUGAAGAGCAGAAUGGACGAGAUGGCGGAAAGUCUGUACUGUACUGGUUUACACAGUAUUACAAGAGAAAGUUAUAAACAGAAAAUCACAAAAUAUGUUGGAUGUGAUCCUUAUGUUAUGAAGAGGAGUGAUUUUUCUACUGAAUUGAAAUGCUUGCCUGCCAUCGAGGCGUUAGAUAUAAGCAACUACCUUGUCCUCCAGACAUCCUUCUACUCCAGAAAACAAAUGAAAGCUUACAAAAGUAUGGAGGACUACAACUUUUUUGUUAGCGGUUGGGUCAACGACCUCGGUACCAAGAUGCUCCACAAUGAUUUGGUUUUCGCCUGGGGUCACGCCCAGUCCUUCCUCUGCACUGAAACAACGCCUCCACUUGCCACAUCGUGCCAUAGGAUGUCCCGUAGCCCUGACCUGAAAGAAGAUCCAAUGGAGUGCCCUCUCUGCAUGGAGCCCCUGGAGAUCGAUGACGUUAACUUCUUUCCCUGCACCUGCGGCUACCAAAUCUGUCGUUUCUGCUGGCACCGCAUCCGCACCGAUGAAAACGGCCUCUGUCCCGCUUGCAGGAAGCCCUAUCCAGAAGACCCAGCUGUAUACAAACCCCUGUCUCAGGAAGAGCUGCAGAGGAUAAAGAACGAGAAGAAGCAGAAGCAGAACGAGCGCAAGCAGAAAAUCACAGAGAACCGCAAACACCUGGCCAGUGUGCGCGUCGUCCAGAGGAAUCUGGUGUUUGUGGUGGGGCUAUCUCAGAGGCUUGCUGACCCAGAGGUCUUAAAGAAGCCAGAAUAUUUUGGGAAGUUUGGGAAGAUCCAUAAAGUGGUCAUCAACAGCAGCACCUCAUAUGCUGGCUCACAGGGUCCUAGCGCUAGUGCCUACGUCACUUAUAUUCGGUCAGAAGAUGCCCUUAGAGCUAUACAGUGCGUCAACAACGUAGUAGUAGAUGGCAGAACUCUUAAGGCAUCUUUAGGUACAACAAAGUACUGCAGUUACUUUCUAAAAAGCAUGCAGUGUCCCAAACCAGACUGCAUGUAUCUACACGAGCUAGGUGAUGAGGCAGCCAGUUUCACAAAAGAGGAGAUGCAGGCAGGAAAGCAUCAAGAGUACGAACAGAAACUUUUACAAGAGCUGUACAAAAUGAACCCGAGUUUCCUGCAGACAUCCACUGGGACUGGGGAGAAGACAAAAAGCAAAUCAGGCUCUGUGCAGAGUUCCAAUAAUAUCAAUAAAGAUGCAUGGCCAUCGUUACAGCCCAUGGGAAAGAUGUCCAAUGGGCUUCCAGAACUCCGUAAGAGCCCGCCUCUGGAUGGAGGCUCAGACUGUGAGCACUUGACUCCUGACGGGCCGGACUCUGAGCUCGGCCUCGGACCUCUCCCAGCCCUCUCGCCUUUCUCUUCAAACUGUGAACCUGCCAGUCCCAGUGAAAAUCCAACAGAAGUCAUCAGUAUAGGAAAUGGAGAGACACCACAGAUUCCCUGCAGUGACUCGCCAUCGCCCCCUCCAGGUCUGGCCCAGCCGUGUAUAGUGGCGCCUGCCAACGUAGCGGGUUUAACAGUGCGGUCACCCUUUGACGGGGCAGGCACCGAGUCGCAGUCACUGUUCUCUGACAACAGCAACUUCAGACAUCCAAACCCCAUCCCCAGUAGCAGCAGUGUUUCUGGUUUCCCUAGCUCCACACAGAGCAAUACAGACUGGCCCACCGCUCCCGAACCACAGAGCCUGUUUACAUCAGAUACCAUACCAGUCUCAUCCUCCACAGACUGGCAAGCAGCCUUCGGCUUCGGCUCUUCCGCCAAGCAGCAGGACGACGACCUUGGCUUUGACCCGUUUGACAUCACGAGCAAGGCGCUGGCUGAUCUCAUCGAGAAGGAGCUUUCAGUUCAGGACAAAACUUUGUCACCCAUGAGCCAUGUGACCCCAGCGCCGGGUUUCCCUCCUCAUAUCCCCAGCUCGCUACACAGUGCCAAGGGCCCCAUGCUGCCUCCUGCCUCGUCCACACACCUCCCCCUGAACUGUGGGCUGGCCCCCCGAGCCUUCUCCAACCAUCUUCAACACCCCCAGCUCUCCCAGCGCCCUGGCUACAACUCCUUCAGCUUGCCUGGACACGCACAGACGCUGGCAUCUCGCCACAGCUGGCUGGCUAUGACGGCACGUGCCAACCUGCCACACCUGAACCACACCACACAACACAACAGCAGCUUCUUGGACUUGAGUUUGACACCUCAACAGCAGCAGCAGCAUAGUACAGGUCUAGGAGGAAUCCCCAUUACAGAAAACAGCAAUUCAGUAGAGAGUAUAAAUGUCAAAGAGUGGCAAGAUGGCCUUCGAGCUCUUUUACCCAACAUCAAUAUCAAUUUUGGUGGCUUGCCGAACUCCUCGUCGUCUUCGUCUUCAUCCUCGUCCUCCUCAUCGUCCUCGUCCGGUGUGAACCACACAGGGGGCAUGACGCACAGCCUGAGCUGGGAUGGCACAGCCAGCUGGAUGGACCCAGCAAUCAUCACAGGUGUCCCAGCAUCCUCAGCCAACUGUCUGGACUCUCUUCAGGACGACAGUCCUCCACAUUGGCUAAAAUCCCUGCAAGCCCUGACAGAGCUGGACGUACCCUCCGGCUCCACAGUACCCCCUCAGCCCUCACACAGUACACCCUUUAGUGCCCAGAUGUCUCUCCAUAGAGCCAGUUGGGCACCCUACCUGCCCCCAGGCACUGCCGGUGCUGCCAGCCAGUUCCACUCUCCCCCACCAGGUUUCCAGACAGCGUUCAGAGCCUCGGCUCAGCCCCCCACAGACCUGCUGCAGAGUGCCGGACUGGACCGCCACUAGGGACUGGGACGCUAACACCCCCUUCCUUUACUCCGAGAAAACCCAACACAUACAGCAAGAUGAAUAAACAUGAAAAUACAAGUAAAUCCAAAGUAAUUAUGAGAUUAUGUAUUCUUUUUUUCCCCGCCCUUUCACUUCCUGACCUUUUGAGCUUGUGUUAACUCACAUUUUCCUUGGUUUAGUAUUUGGUUCAUAUUGCCCAAGUGCUCUUAUCCCAGCAUAAGCAAGGAAGUUUUUGAACAAAGCAUUGUUAAUGAGAGUAAGGAAUUUGGCAAUGAUACGAAUCAUGUUUGUGUGGAAAUUAUGAAAGUGAAUGGAUUCGAGUACUAGAGAAUAUUCCAUUCAAACAUUCGAGUGUGUUGAGCAAAGCAGCCUGUAAAUCUCUACCAAAUAUGUACCCAUUCUCUGUCUCUGUGCACAACCAGGAGGCCCUUCCCUAUGACCUAUUAAAGCUGUGACAUUCAAAGAAAUGAAGCAAAGAUCCAACGAAUCUGUGUUUAGCUUUGUUUUCUGCUUUGCAUUCUUUACUUUCAACUUCCCUGAAAGAUCAGAGGCGAGUAACGGAGAAAUCUCCAUGCUUUUUUUUUAUAUUCUCCCUCUCAAUUGAAUGUUGAGCCUCUGUUCUUUUCUUCAGGUUGUAGUAAAGAGGCCUUUUAGAAGUUAACUCUGAGCGUGGUUACAGCUUACGCAUCACGCCUUAAAAAAAAUUCAGCCGGGAUGUGUCCUCAAUCACACUCCCUUUUUCCUACAUGUGGUCUUUCAUGUACUUGUUCAUGACCCUCUUACCAGCUGACUGGUACCAGGAUGUGCAAGAGGCUUUCCAGCUGCCGCACUGGACGUAACCUCUGUAUCAGAGGGCAGUGCUUUGCAAAGAGAAAAGGCGGAAACCCCAUUUUAUAGAACAAGCAAGCUGUAAGACACAUUUGAACAAAGGGCAGGUGUAGCACAUGGAGCACCACCGUGUGGUGAUUUUCACAGCUGCCAUUAAUUGAAUCACGAUUUUUGUGUGCGUUUUUAGAAUAUAUAUAUAUAUUACUCUCCCUUGAAGUAACACGUUGAAAGGUUUGGAGAGACGUCGCUUUUAUUCAAACUCUGACGGGGAGGUCAUUUUGAGACAAAUGACACAAACAAAAUUAUGAUGCGUCUCCAUUCAUCACUGAGAAAAGCACUUAAGUGUGUUCCUUGCACUGAUGGGUGUCAGACAGAAGAAAACUUAUUAGGGGUACAAGCUGUGUUUUGGUAGUGCAAAAGAAAAUUCAGUUGUUAAUUUGACUCACUCAAGACCAUUUUAAGAUUGUCAGGAAAGAUAACAGGAAAGUGAUUGUGUUUGUGUUUCUCAAAGAAGACAGAUAAUCUAGCCACGUUGCUGAUGAAAGCUGGGAUAGCAGCACUGGUAGGCAACAGUUUAUUGUCCAAAUACACCCCGCACCCCCCCCCCCCCCCAAACACAGGGCUUCACCACAGGUCAUAAAAAUGCACUCUUCUACUUCUGCCUCCAUUCAUUUUCUUUUUUGGGUCUUAGUUCUGUACCACUUGUAGGUUCUUGCCAACUGUUCAGUAUUCAGCAGUAUUCAAGAGCAGUGAUUAAAUGAAAAAUCUUAAGAUAAAACCAGUACAAUUUAACUAUGGGUUUUACGCAAUGCUAAAGAUUAAGAUGAAGAGUCAAAGGAAUUGUUUCUCUGCAGGUCUGAAAAAAAGACAACAAUCUUUAAUAAAAGACUAAAUAUGAAGCG